CGCUCACCCUCCCAUUUCUCAGGAGCGACUAUCAAGGUUGUAGGUUGCACAAACCGCUGAAAUUGGGAACUGCUGGGAUUUUUCGGAACUAGUUAUGAGGUUAGCUAUCAAGGUAGCGAGUCGGUUCGCAAACGGUCUACUUUCUAAAUAGCUUGUCACCGCGAUGCGGCGCGGGGAGCCGGUGCCGAGAGCCUUUCAGGCUCCCGUUGACGUGCACGCGAGCGCGGAUGGUCAGGUGUACCUGUUCAGGGGCGGCCACGAGGAUUCUGGGGGGUCUUCCGAGGAAGAGUUCAGCAUGACGGAACUGAGGCCUCGAACUCGGGAGUCGGGCUCGCAGGAGCGCGAGAGGACCGGGGACCUGUUGCUGCUGGAGCGGGAUGUGGCUCACGGAGACAAUUUGAACAAGUUGGCGCUUCAGUAUGGCUGCAAGGUGGCUGACAUCAAGCGGGUUAACAACCUGAUCCAGGAGCAGGACCUGUACGCUCUCAAGUCCAUAAAAAUCCCUGUAAAAAAACACAGCUUCUUGACUGAGGUGGGCGGUGCCACCGAACCAGCGGAACCGGGCCCGCCCCCUGGAGCUUCGCCUUCAUUCUCGCACCCUCUGACCCCAAAUGGCUCCAUCAAGCCCCGCCUCCAGGAGUACACGGACUUCCUCAAAGAGGUGGACCAGGACAUCGAGAUGCUGAUCCAGAGCACAGACGCCCAGGACGAGAUUUUGUCGGAAGGCCAGGAGGGCCCCCAGCGGGGGGGCGGGGGCGGGCGGCCCAGCAGCUAUGGGGCGGAUUGGGGCAUCCAGUGGUGGAACGCUGUGGUCGUCAUGCUUUUGGUGGGCAUCAUCCUGCCCCUGUUCUACAUCAUCUACUACAAGACGCAAGACAGCGGGGCGUCGGCCUCGAGCGAGGGUGCGGCGGGCAUCCUCAACUCUACCUGGGAUGGCGAUCGGUCGAACCUCAGUGCCCUGACGCAGAGGGGGAGCCCAUCUCACUUGCUGAACAGGCCUCUGCUGUAGCUCUGCCGGGAGGCUGGAGGACUGCGACGGUACGAGAGGAAGCUAGGAGAGGAAGCACGUUUUUACUUAAACCAGCUUUUAACAAUCACCCUACAGGUUAUCCUGCAGGCAAGCUCAAUGAGAUGAGAUCACCAGAACAAGUGUGGGUCCUUUUGCUUCAGCACCCCUGGCCCUCCUAGCCUACUGCCCCUGCCAAUGCCCCCCCCCCCCACCGCCAACCCCUAGUUCAUCCUAACUUCAAGUGCUUGUCACUUCCUCAUCUUGGAAAGGAAAACAAGUGUUGCCAGUGUGUUAACACUUUUUUUGCACUCCAGAUAUUAAUUACUAAUUUGUUAAUUUCUGACUUUUAUAAUUGUCCUGUCCUGUUGUCAUUUUAAGAGGUAUGCUGUGUUUAAGAGGUUAUUUACGUCUGCGUGUCAUACCAACAGUGCCAAUUCAUGAUCGCGUAACUUUUUUGUGUUUGCGUUAACUGGUUACCAGAAGGCUUGCCAGGAUCAGAGUUUUAUUAUUUAAACAUGGAAGAAAUAAAAAGGAAUCAAAGUUUUUCUAACUUACCACUUUGAAACUAUAAAAACUAU